CGGAGGAAUAUGUUGUUAAAAAUAACCACACGUAAAGUUGAGCUCGGCGUAAGGAUAAGAGGGCCUCGCCACAACAACACGACAUAUUUGUCUCGGAGGGGCUGAGAAGGCUGGACUUGAGAAUUCCAAAUGGAUGACAUUGAUCGCGAAUCCUUCUCCGUCUUGAGCCAAGACUCGGACGCCGAGACGGACAUCCAGGAAGGGGACUGGACGCCAGACUUCCAGAAAAACCAGAAGAGAUUGAGCCUCAUCAGGAGGAUACGGAAACAUUGUGGAAAGGAUGACGGCAUCACCAAGCCUCUCAAUGUUGUAGUUAUAGGGCCUGCUGGAGUUGGCAAGUCGGCGUUCAUCAACACCGUCGGAGCAGCGUUUGAUGGUGUCUGCUGGCGGGAACACAGCUACUCAGGGUCCCACGACAAAGCAGGAGAUCAGAUCACGGUAUUCACUACAAGCUAUGAAAAGUGCUGCAAUGCCCAAAAGUACCCGGAUGAUCUGUUGCCAACACUCAUCGAUGUCGCUGGAUUCCACGACGAGGCGAGUGAUAAGUUUGUGGAACUACUUCGCAUUGUGUUCUACGGUCGACUUCCGGUGGGCGAAUCACUAGCGGAAGCGGAGAGGUACUACAACGACUGUGGAUUGGAGGGACUCCGGUCAAAAUACAACCAAAACAAUGAGAAGCUGAAGGUUGACCGGGUCAUCUUCCUGUCCUCAGCCACCCAGGACUUCCCAGAGAACCUCAUCUCGUGUGUGAUUCAGGCAGCCAGACCGUCGGGCAUCUAUGACAAGAAAAGAACAAUUCCUUUGUUCGGCGUCAUGACGAAAUAUGACAAGGUGAUCCCACAGGAAGAGUUUAAAAAACUGGAGGGAAAAUCUGCCAAUAUUGACGUCAUCGGGCACGAAGACUAUGCCGAGCGAGAGAGUAAGUUCAUCAAGGCAUUGGGUCUUGGGGGAUCCAAACACCGGUUCCUCCGCUGCUCUAACUACUGCGAUGACACAGACAAAGACAACACGCGCAUAGAGACCGUCAUCCCUGACCUUGACCUUCCCGUGCUGAAAUUCUUCACCCAGGUCAGUGACCCAGUGAUGCAAGUGCUGAACAAGGGUGAGACCUACUCUCAAGGAAUCGCACCUGAAACAAUUCCAGUACAGGAAGCUGCGACCCCGACGCAAACGCCCGCACAGAAAGGCGGGACUGAAGUCAAAGGGAGCAAAAUGGGCAUCGUUGAAAAUUUUGGAGAGACUGGUGUUUCGGUUCUGUUGAUAACAAUCGAGGCGAUCUUUGUGGCGUUUUUCCUGUCCCUCCUUUUGAAGCCGCAGGUGGACGUCAACAAGGUGAAGGUCGCUUGUCAGUUUAUGUCUGACCGGAAGACACCCCACGCCCAGGCCGGGAUGACCGACAUAUGCAAGGCCGUGAGCGACUCGGAUGUCUGGGCUGGUUUCACGUUCUAUCUUGCACUUUUGAUACUGAUUGUCAUAAGAGUAGCGUCGACGCUUUUCACCAUAAAUAUCUUUAGACGAAACUGAUAGCUUGGGAUUCUUUCACGUCACGGACAUGGCUCAAUGUAUUAAAUAACAUAAACGUCAUAAUCAAAUUUAACGUCUUUCAUUAUACAUUGGUAUUUCUGGAAGAGUGAGUGAAUGUGUAUGGUUUUAAGCCGCAUUAGCAACAGGAACGCUGUAGCACCAUGGGGCAAACCUGAAAUUGAUGUCCCACGUAGGAAAUUGAACUCAGACCAGCGAGCGAACGCUAAACCCAUAAGGCUACGCCGUAUACUAGUAUACGAGUGUAUACCAGAACAAUGGUUAGGAUGUCACAAGUAAAUACAAUGUGGCUUUUCUUCAGCAAAGAAGAAAUAGAAUGACACCAAGAAAUAUCCGCGACCGAUUCAAACGGUGGAUGGCGGCAUCUUCCGUGGAUCAGUGUGGAUCAUAAGGACAUCAAUAUGUAGACAACCAGCUUUUAAAAUUACUUCUGGUCAUUGGGGUAGCCUGGUGGUUAAAGCGUUCGCCCGUCACGCCGAGGACCCGGGUUCGAUUGCCCACAUGGGUACAAUGUUUGAAGCCCAUUUCUGGUGUCCCCCGACGUGAUAUUGCUGGAAUAUUGCUACAAGCGGCGUACAAUUAAACUCACUCACUCACUGCUUUCAAUCCAUGUUGAGUAUUGUGUUACAGCCUGAACUUAAAGCAUUCAGUAUAAGUAUUGUUUUUUGGUAUGCUGUAGACCUCUAUUGUAUUUUUACUAUACUUCCGUUAUUAUUUUAUGACACUUCUACAUGACAUGAUUGUAUUAUUUCUGGUUUACUCCCACUGUGCCAACUUUUGCAAAUGGGCAGUGUUAAAACAAGAGGGAUUAGGGUAUAGUCUGUAUCAGGAUAGUGGGCACUGGAUAUAUAGUAUAGCCUACUUAACUCUUCAGUCAUAAACUACAUGCUAAAAGACUUACUUAAUUUAUAAACUCGUAUGUAACUGGCAUUAACAUAAAGACGUAAGUGUAAUGAGUUUGAAAUAAUAAUUUAUUAACAUACAAGUGAUAAGCAUCUUAUGAAACAUUGGUAUGAGUAACAUCAAUAACAUCACCAACUUAUAUGUCCCAUCACAAUACAGGGUGUCUGCAGCAGCUUGAUGGCGGAGGUUGUCUGGUGUGGAAAAUAGCAUGAAGUUCUUGUCAGGUGCUGAAUGCAGGAAGUUAAUUAGCCAUGAUGAUGAAAGAUGAAGUGGGGGGUUCGUUUUAUCAUAUAAAUACAUGACUGGGACAUUAAUUAGUGUUCACCAAUUUGUUCUGAAUGUGCUCACCAAUGUUUUCAGACUUGUGGUCAUGGUGUCACCAGACUUGAAACAGACUAUAACUAAUUCCGCUGUUGUUCUACGGGUGACUGCAUUUUGUUGUUUUAAGAUAAGUGGGCACAGUGGGUGUACACCUUAUUUCUUCAGUUUAUAUUGUCCAGUUCACACCUACUAUAUAUACGUGCGCAAUAAAUUAUGUGAACAGUGAACCCUCACUAAUCUAGACAAGUCAUUCCCAAGUGAAAUCUCCCAGAGAUAUGAAAGGCCGGAGUAACUUGUGUAAUAUAGUUUGUAUGCAGGCGUUUUUAACAGCAAUCGCUCUGAAUGUGUCCAGAAUAAUGAGGUUGUUAACUGUAAAGGCUUCGUGUACAGCAAUCGAUAUUAUCAUGUGUCAUUAAAUCUUCAGUAGUCUGAAUAAAGAACAGUGAAUGCA